UUUGUUUUGCAAUUUUUUAUACCAUUAUCUCCGCUUGGCGCGAAUUUGCCGAAAAGAAAUGAAUGGGACGCGUAAGACGAAGUCGCUGAAGACGAUUCGCCUGGGCGACGUGUUGUACGACGAGCAGAAACGCCUUCUGACCCUCUGCCGCAGCUGCGAGCGCCAUUUUAUGACGUUCCAGGCCUUCCAAAGCCACUUAACCGACUGUCCAGGACUAAAGCAUAUAGUAACGCCAACCGAACCGCUCGCCCACACAUACGAUGACUCCAAGCGGGAAACGAGGCUGGUGAACGGCAGGCAGGAGCUCCACAUCUACGACAUUGAGGCGGUGGUGAAGAAUUCGAGCGCCAGCAGCGACAUCGACUGGGAGGCAGAGCUGGAGGAUCCGCGCUGGUACACCGAUCCCAAGCCCCCUGUACAGACGCUGCCCAAAACCAAAUCCAAGGAAAAUAUCGUGAAGGAGUACUUGGUUCAGCUGACCGAGGAACCGGAUCCCGAACCGGAUGUGGUGCCCGCAAAACGACAGCGGAGCAAUACCGCUCCUCGCCGCCCUAUUCUGACCGCCCAGCAGCAGCGAAGGUCACGUACCAGCCUCCCCUCCCCCCAACCGCCCACAGCAAAGACGAAAAAGGACACCAUUCUGGUGCCCAAUGUGCUGGAGGAUCUGAAGCGUUUGCAGGAGUCAACUGCAAAGGAAAAGGGCCCUUCAGCGGUCCCAAAUCAAUUGCGUUUACCAGCUGAUAGGACCUCGCAGUUGCCUCCUCAAGCGACAUCUCACAAAACUCCUCCCAGAACAUCCCAAGGACCUGCUCCUCCCAGAACAUUCCCGAAACAAGCUCCUCACAAGACAGCUGAAUCUGUUCCUGCCACAACAACCAAAGUAACUCCUCCCUUGGAGAAGCCAGCGAUGGAUGGCACACAGAAAAUCCUAAACAAACUGCGAGCCUGCGGCGUGGAGGUAAAACGGGGAAGUACGCGUUUAAAUGACACUCCCUCGAGCGAACUAAAUCCAACCAAAAACCAAGAAACCCUGGACAUUAUGCGGAAGCUGCAGUCCAAGGGUAUCAGAUGCACCAAAGUCAAAAUACCGUAGGGCUGAUAGUUGUAAUUUCAUAGCUUAAGUAAUGGUUUUACAAUUAAAUGUGCCUCUUGAGGCAAGCUAUUGAAAAUGUAA